AUGCCGAAACUCCCUCCCUACGAAUAUACUGGCCCGGUUGAUUGUACCAUUCCGCCAGAUUGUGCGGUUUUAAAGGACAAGAGUGUCAUUGUGACUGGAGGUAAUAUCCCGAGAUUAAUCGUAGCAUAUGUAACGAUAGCUGAUCUGAACGAAGAAAGAGGGAAGCAAGUUGCGGAGGAGCUGAGCCCAAAUGCCCAGUUUGUGAAGUGCAAUAUCACAUCUUGGGAUGAUCAAGUUGAAAUGUUCGAGGCUGCGAUCAAAAAUUCUCCUCAUAAAAGUUGCGACAUCGUCAUCGCGAAUGCUGGAAUUAGCCGUGCUUCUGGAGAUGAUCUAUGGCCUUUGGAUGAUCCAAGUUCCCCCCCGGUGAAACCGGAACUUAGCAUCGUAAAUGUCAAUCUCAUCGGCACAAUGUAUACCUGGAAACUUGCUGUCCAUUAUUUUCGAAAGCAGCCGGACACGGAAGACCGAGAUCGCUGCUUCAUAAUUACUGGAAGUAUGGUAUCUUGGAUUGAUUCUCCAGCGAACUGGCAGUAUACAAGCAGCAAGUACGGACUGAGGGGGCUAAUGCGAACAGCCCGAAGAAACUCGCACGAGCAGGGAAUCCGAAUUAACUACGUCGCGCCCUGUUAUAUCAAAAGUGCUAUUCGCUCAGCUGCCUACGAAGCUCAGCUUAUUUCCAAGGGCGUCGAGUUUGCGCCGCAGGAAGAUGUGGCAACAUGUAUGAUGAAACUUGCAACUGACCGCACGAUUAAUGGGCACUCUCUUAUGAUCACUCCGAAAUCAGUUGCAAAGGAAGGCUACAAGGACGUGGGUAUGGACGACCAUAUUGAGGAGGGAUAUUUCAAAAGAACACAGGAAAUCCAAUUGGCCAUUAUCGAGGACAAAUGGGAAGUAGGAUGGAGUAAAGGUCGGACUCAGGAGGGCGCUAAGAAGGAGUGA